GAAAUAGAGGUCUUGACGGCUCGGCGAAUCCUGUUGCGACCUCAUUCCUUGCCACACACCUGCGCUUGGUCCUUCCUGAGCUCCGCCAAGGCUGCGCGUACACAACACAAUUUGGACCGAACUCUGGAGCUCUCUUGCAUAGACCAUGUCGGUCUCGGAAGAGCUCGAGUCGUUGGUGGAAGAGCGGAUGGCUCAGUUGAGCGAAAUUUCCGACCGUCGCAGGGACUUACUACGCGAGAUGUAUUAUCUCAUUCAACGUCGCGGCAACGUGGGCUCAACGUUGUUUAAAGAGGAAGACGAGGGCGAGUAUACGGGCGUGGAAUACUUCAUUGAGCGGUUUGACUUGUCCAAAUAUCCUGAGGCUGGUAGCAUCUUGACCAUCCCUGAUUCCGAGCUUGAGGUUCCAUCUCCACAAGUUUCGAGAGAGCCGUCUAUAGAAGUAAAUGCGGACGAAGGCAUGAAAGACAGUACGCCGGAGUUAGUUCUCCAGACUCAGGACGCAGAACCACUACCCCCAGCCCAUCACGAAUCUCCUAUGUCCGAUCCUCCUAUAUCGUCUGCUCGACUGUCCGCAGAGCCUGAAGAAAUAUUGAACGUCGAAGGCGCGGAACCACCUCUAUCUGUAGAGUACCACGAGGUGGAUGCCGUGGAAGAGGGGCAUGAGGCCUCUGAGCCACCCAUACCAUUAAAUCCACGCUCCCCAUCUUCAUCUCUACCAACUAGCCAAGAAAUUGUCCAAUCUUCCGUUCGGAAUGAAUCGCCAAUUCAUACACAGGUCUCGAUCGACUUGCAAGAACCUCCGCAGACUGCUGUCGAUGUACGAGAUGCUGAGCUAGAUAACACGCAACUAGACGACAUGCCAUCGUCUCCUGCCUCAGACAUGCCGUUCGAGGGGCAGUCCUCACGCCAACCUUCCCGCUCGUCCCGCUCAAAAUCUGUGGUACAAUUAUCUCACCCUUCCUCGCCUGAACCGAAGUCCGACCCCAUCGUCGCCAAGGUCGAGCUGGAAGAUGUGGAGAUGGAAGACCUUGUACCGGAAGAAAAGACUGUCGUGCUCGAUCCCCCCGUACCCACCACGCAACCUACCGCUGAAGCAGAAGUAGUCAUGUCUCCCGCAGAGCUCGCUCUUCCUAUACACGAACCUACCAUCAUCACCAUUCCUUCCCGCCUGACCCCCAUUACCGCACCGCCUAGCUACAACUUCCCAUUGGAGCCCCCGCCAAGUGAGAUACCAGAACAACCUCGUUCACCUUUCCCCCUUCCAGACCGUGGCUAUACACUUCCUCCUCUCAAAGACCUACCUCCCGAAUUUCAACGGAAGAGCAAGUCAGGAAAGCAGCAGAAAAAACGCGAAAAGGAACGCGAAAAAGGGGACAGCCGUCGGGAAACCAAGGAGGAGUGGCAGUCGAGUGGGCUCAACAAGUUGGGGGUCAUGAUGCGUGCCAAUCCUAUCUACAGGAAGAUAUCCCGUACCGCGAAAUGUUUGAGUACUUCUGACUGGAAUGUUGCUCAUAACGAGCUACGCAUUAUUAGGGUCAUGGAGAAGAUAGAGGCGUUGAAAGACGAUGGAAAAUGGGGCUAUAGGCAGAUGAAGAAGCAACGAGGCGUAGGCGGUUUGACCAAGACACAUUGGGAUCAUCUCUUGGAAGAAAUGAAAUGGAUGCGCAUUGACUUCCGCGAGGAGCGCAGGUGGAAGAUUGCCCUGGCGUUCGACCUGUCCACGGCGGUACUCGAGUGGCAUCGUGCAGGUAGUGAAGCAGAGCGGAAACGACUGGGUAUCAUCGUUCUAUGGCACAAACCUCGUGAGGAAGAACAAGUCGAGGAGGUCGACGAUGCUCUUCCUGAGGAUCCCAUGGAUCGCGAAGAAUCUCAACCUGAGCAAGAUAAUCUUCCGCCUGGUGACUAUGGCUCGGACGACAGUGAUGACGAUCAAGAUCAAGACAAACAGGAUGUCGUCGAUGCUUUGGAACCUUCCGCCGCCGUCGACGACGCUAUCGAGGACUCUCAACGUACUCAAGUUGAGAUUCAGCCGUCUCAGUCUCAAGCUGUAGAUCAUGUUCGUCCGAAGGAAGAAGACAUGGACGACUCCUUCCCUCUGCGUGGCGCUACGGAAGCCCCAAUGGACGUCGACCAGAGUCAACAACCCACACCGGCAGCCGAACCCACCUCGCAGACUCCUGAUCCUGCAGUAUCUGCUCUGCGCCACAGUUCGAUCAAUCCUAUCUUGGGAGGUGAUCCUGCGCCAACGACCACCGGACACCCUACAACCACCUCCCACAAACCGAGUUCUAAGUCCAAUGCAUACGCACCUUAUCGCAGUCAAAUCGCAUACUCUGACGAGAGUACUCUGUUCCUUAAUCUCGACGAUUUCCCGCCUGUCAAGAAGCCCUCGUCGGCGUCAGCAGAGCAUGCACCUCCUGAAGAAGGCCCUCCACCCGCAGAUCUCGCGAGCUUGUUUCCCGAUCUCCAGAUGUACACCAUUUUGGAUGUAGCUCCCGAUGCUGUCACCACUUCUUCCACCUCAGAUAGCAAGAAGAAGACGAAAGUCGACAGAGAGGAUCCUCACAAACGGAUUGAGGAGGCUACCCUUAUGAAGUUGGCCCCUCUGAGUAGAUUUACGCGCGAGAAACCGACAUUGACUGGCCCUCUACAACCAUCGAAGCAUUGGAAGGACGGGCAUUGGACGGGAUUAGAUGACGGGCUCAGCUCGGCGGACCUCGAGGGCCCUCCUCCGAGGGUUGGUGACGAAACAUCAUGUGCUCUAUUCGAGAGUCGUAAGCAUGCAAACUAUGUCGACGAUGACUCCCGUUUACCUAGCACACCUGCGGACGCCGACAAAAGGAUGAGAGAGAUCUGGUGGACCACUCAAGACGAACAGCUCUUGAAGAAGCUAGCGGAGCGGUAUCCAAGGAACUGGACUCUGGUCGCCGACACGUUCAACUUCCAUCGACGCGCCGCCGGAUCUGACAAGAGGACUGAUUGGGAAUGCAAAGAGCGAUAUGUUUCGCGCUUUAUGGGUGGGCGCCGGGAACGAGACACCCCUCAUGCGGAUGGCGAAUCAUCAACAACGCCCGCCCGUCCUCAGCUGCAGAUGCAGACGCGCAAGAGGCUCGCGAGCAUCUCCAAUCCACCUGCGAAUGGGGCAUUGACCACGCCUGCCCCAGGGACAGAGGUCAGGAGACGGCGAAGACAUAUCCUUGUGUACGACACCGUGAACAAGCUGAGAAAGAAGAGGGAGCUAAACCAGAAGGCUAACGCAUCGCAGCGUAAGCCCAACUCACAGCCGCACGAUACCCACCUGCAGUACAAUAAGAUGCAAAGAUACGGUCCUUUAGAGUUGAGCAGGAUGAAGGCGGAGAAAGACUCCCAAAUAGCUCAAGCAAGGGCUGAGCAGAUGCGCCAGCAAAACGUACUUCAAGCACAGCGUAUGGCUGCCGCCAAUCAGGCGCAGCCCGUCCCACAGCAAGUACCCAACGGUCAGGCGAGGCCAGCAAACGGUAUGCCGCCCCAUCAAAGUGUGCCGCAGAUCCGACAGCAACAAGUGAAUAUUUCGCAGCAGCAACGCGUCCCUUCAGCUAUGGUCGCGGGCAACGUCCGGAUGUCACCCCAGCAACUCCAGAUGUUACACGCUCAAGUACAACAGCAGGCGCAACAGCAACAGCAACAGCAACAACGUCAGCACCCGCCUCCGCAUGUUGUUGCUGCGAAUGCAAACUUGGCCGCUGGAGCUCCCUCGGUCACUCAGACACACCUUUCGCCAUCAUAUGCUUCUCGAGCCGCCACCUCUUCUCCCUCGGUAUCUCAAUCGUCCCCGCCGCGCAAUUCCUCGACACCGAAUCCACCGCGACCGCCCUCUGCCCAACCGCACACCGGAAUGUUGCAGGCGUCCCCGAAUAUGCAGAGUCGUCCAGCUUCGAACAUGGCAGCCCACUACAUGCCCAUAGCGCAUCAUUCCCACCCCACACCGGAGAUGAUCGAGCAAAUGCGCCUUCAGAAUAUGGCGCAACAGCACCACCUUCGUCAAGCUCAGGCCCAGAUGCAGCUCUCCAACAACCAUGGUUCGGGUGGCCAGUACUCUGGGAUGCCGCCCCAGCAGGGCUGA